UUCUGAACAGGAGGACUCAGAAUGGGGCCGUUAAAAACAACUUUGAUUUUGCUGGCGGUCGUGUGUGUACAAAUGCAAAUGAUUGCAUCAAUGACAAAUUAUGAGUUCUACCAAGCUGUGAAACCCUACAUCAAUGAGGAAGCAGUUGAGUAUGCAGGCAUAACCGUUAUCGACGAUGAUGACGUCAUAGAUCUUCCAGGAGGCCCGAACGAUGAACUUGACGUGGAAUAUCUGAUGGAGAAAAUGGGUCUUUUGGACGACGUUGAAUCCGACUCUGAAGAAGAAGACAGCAGCCUGAACCCUCUACAGCGCCUAGGGGCUCGCGCAAGUUGUAGAUGUCACAGGAUGAGCUGUUCAUGUUGUCUGUCCCAUACAUUCAGCGUCAAGGUCUUCUGGCACAGAUUCAGGUUUACUCUCAAAGGUACGGACGUUUGUUUGCUGUACAUUGCAGCAGAGGUCAUUUUCGCUUAUAUUUUCGACAUGCCCCUGUCACGAAUUCAAAACAUGCAAGAAAAAGGAUCUCGUGAAAUUAAGUCACCCUACAUAGCCCAAAUGAUUGCUCUUUUAUUUCGUUCACCUCUAGGAUGCAUGACUGUCGGCUACAGUCGUGGAACAUUCACCUUGGCGUUCGCCCUCAACAAUCGUCAGUUGUUCAGAAGAGCCGUCAAUUUAAGGCGUGUCCCUCGUCUGUGUUACGGAGUACCCGGUCUGAAGAUAGCCAGAGUUUGCUUGGAACUGUAUGGAAUAAACAUUGCUCAGAGGAGAAUCUGUGCCAAAAUUGUUGGCUCGCUGGACAUAAAGAUCAAGAAAUUCAGAGUGAACUUCAAUCUUGGAUGCGUACGUAUACCAAUCCUGAAGAACGCAGAGUGGCUUUAUUUGGGACAAGAUGGAGCUGAGAUGCAGUACCAAGUAAAUGAUGGCGUUGCAAAUUUGGCUGAGAACGACGAUACGAUGAGAUACGAAGCUGAUGACGUAGACAUGUCAUCUGAUGACGUCGCAAAGCCAGAAGAUAAACUGAUUGCUCUUUUCAUAACCGAGCUCUGGAAAUCAUUGACCAAUAUGGAUUAUUAAAUGACACUAAUAUUUAUAUAAUCAUAUUCAGUAUAUUGAAUCGAAAUUAAUAUAUGGAUGCGUGAAUGUAAAGUAGACUGUUUAAUACACAUAUCAAAACUUCAGAGAAAUUAACAAAGAACAAAUAUAUAUGAUACUUUGAUGUCUUUCUCUAUACUGGAAUGAAGAUACAACAGGUUUAUUAGACGGAUGGUUGUAUUCGACAUAUAUAAGUUAUUGCAGUUUCAAAAAUCAAUAAAAGGCCAUCCGGAUCAAAACCAAUAAAUAUUGCACUAUAUAAGUGGUUUAAAUCAUAUAUUAGAUAAUAAAUAAAUUCUUAUCAAGCA